AGGCUGUGCCGUGCCCCAACCACCAGAUUUACGGAUUGAGAUGCUAUCGGACCAUUAUCAGACUACCACAUAAGUAACGAGGGCAGUCUAUUGUUUUGUUUUGAAAGGAUGUUUGCUAUUUACUCUGCAUAUACAGUCUAUUCAAAGCCGAGAUCUUAUCCAAAGAGGUAGUGGCUAUCGGGCACAAUGCAGUCGACAUUCAGAAGAGAGAAGAGGAGACCAAGUUUAUUCGACAUCUUGCCAGGAGAACUGGUGGAUAUCGCGGACUAUGCGUUUGAAAUCCACAAGAGAGAGAAGCGAGCUCCGAAGCUGGCAGUCAAUGCUAGCUCGUGGUGGUAUGUCAAUCUGACAACUGCUACGGUGCAGGAGAUCAGAAAGAGAAGCGGUCCAGAUGACAACCCCAUCGAACGAAACAUCUUACUCUUUACCCUGCAGAUCCUAAGCCUAGGUUUCCAACUGCACUUCGUUUUCGAUGGAACGAAACGGUUGAGUAACAGUCGAAAAUUAUAUCCAGGCCGUGAUCCGCCAUCUGAGCUUUUCAAAGAUGUUCUGACAAAGAUUGGAGUUCCCUGGCACGAGGCGCCAGAUGCAGCAGAGGCGGAAUGCGCCAAGAUGGAGAUGGAAAGAGUCGUUGAUGCAGUUUGGUCCGAGGAUGGAGAUGCUCUUGCUCUUGGUUGUCGGACCCUCAUCAAAUCAUUUUUCAAAAUCCAGUCGUCUACCGCAGAAAGUGAAAAGAGGAACAAGAGCUACGCACAAUUCACGGUAUACAAUAUGGAGAAGCUUGCUGGGGAGCAUCCUGGUAUGGAUAGAGAAGGGUUUGUGCUUAAUGCCAUCUUCAACAGGAUGUCAAAGAAUCCCGACGAACAAUCCUACCUUGCACCUGACGACGUACUGGAAGCCGCAGAGCGUGGUCUGGCGAAGUCAUUAUGCGCAGCUUCAGGAUCAUCGAAGGAGCUGAGACAAUGGGCGAAAACCGAAUUCUCUGAUUACCUGCAGAGCCCUGAGAUCCCCCUAGAUUUUCCAAGACGGCAACAUGUCCAGGAUUAUCUGAAGCCUAUUGUAUCAAGCCGGGAGGUAUUCUUAAACUUCCAAAAAGCUCGAGAACCUUUCGACAACGAGGACGCGUUAUUCUCAUUUCUCACAGACAGGCUUCAGAUGACCUUGAACCAGUGGGUAAAGUACGUCUUGCCCUAUCGUGUUGUCCGAUCUCUACUUGCGACCGAAGAAGGUUCUGAAAGUCAACACGAUCACUUGAAACUUAAGUGCAACGACAUUUUGAAGAGAAAGAAGGGCCAACUGCCUCAAAAAGUGGUAGCGGAGUUUAAGCUCUGUGAAGCAACGUCUCUGAAUGUAGCAACCCUCCACAUGGAGACAGGAGAAGUUGAAACGAUGCUGUGGAUUCUCCGCAGAGCCAACUUCAAUCAGACACCGAGUCUCAAGACAUUCUUUACUCCAAGUCAAAAGGGAAAGGGCAUAGCUCCAGGAUCGAUGCCAGAAAGACCCCGUCAAAGACAUAUACCUGAAGCUGAAAUGGCAAUUGCAACACCUUCGUCUGCCCCAGCAUCAAAUCCAAAUGGAGAGGUGCAGACAGGGGAGCCUAGCAAUUCUAGGCCUCAAAAAAGCCCUCCUAGCCCAACACCAGCUUCAAGAAAGAGAAAGCGCCAUAUCCCUCGGCAAGUCAGUAAAAGAUUCAGUAAAACGACUUGUCCACCUUCAAGAACCAUGGACUCUGGCAAGGCCGUUGAGAAAGACACUGGUGACCGUGACAGUCUGAUGAUGACACCACCGAUGUCAUAUCUCUAUGACGCGGAAACACCUGAACGUCAUGCCCGAGCUAGCUCUGCCGACAAGAAACAGCCCCUUGAUGCCAACCUACUGUUGACACCGAUGGACCAGAUUGCAGAUCGAGCAGACGCUGGUGACGGUUACAUAGUGAUAGAUUCAGACUGAGACCCAGAGGCCAUGGAUGAUGAGCUUUUUAAGAACCUCAGCAGAUAACUUACUAUCGUUACCAAUGGUAGGAGGAUAUGAAGCUUGCAGAGGUAGCUGGGCGUAACAUGGUUGAUCUGGACUGAGGUGUUGAAGGAGAGAGGUCACAUUUUGCACGCUAAGGUCAGAGACUGGAUCUUGUCGAAGAUCGUCAUCACUGGACGGAGAGACAGCCGUGGAUCUUGUCUUAUUCUGAAAGCUUUCCAAGAUACCCAUUUGUGAAUUAAAGCAAAAAGGAAAAAAAGCCCUGUCACGUGUAGAGUCUGGCUUCAUUCACGUGCUGAUAAUAAACACGAUACCUGCUUGAG